AUGACGGGGAAAACGGGGGAAGCGCUGAGCAAGCCCAAAUCUGAGACAGUAGCCAAGAGUACCUCGGGGGGCGCCCCGGCCAGGUGCACAGGGUUCGGCAUCCAGGAGAUCCUGGGCUUGAACAAGGAGCCCCCGAGCUCCCACCCGCGAGCUGCCCUCGACGGCCUGGCCCCUGGGCACUUGCUGGCUGCGCGCUCCGUGCUCAGCCCUGCAGGAGUGGGCAGCAUGGGGCUGCUGGGGCCCGGAGGGCUUCCCGGCUUCUACGCGCAGCCCACCUUCCUGGAAGUGCUGUCCGACCCUCAGAGCGUCCACUUACAGCCACUGGGCAGAGCGUCGGGGCCGCUGGACAACAGCCAGACGGCCAGCUCGGAUUCUGAAGAUGUUUCCUCCAGUGACCGAAAAAUGUCCAAAUCGGCUCUAAACCAGACUAAGAAACGGAAGAAGCGGCGACACAGGACAAUCUUUACUUCCUACCAGCUAGAGGAGCUGGAGAAGGCAUUCAAUGAGGCCCACUACCCAGAUGUCUAUGCCCGGGAGAUGCUGGCCAUGAAAACGGAGCUGCCUGAAGACAGGAUACAGGUCUGGUUCCAGAACCGCAGAGCCAAGUGGAGGAAGCGAGAGAAGUGCUGGGGACGGAGCAGUGUUAUGGCAGAGUAUGGGCUCUACGGGGCCAUGGUGCGACACUCCAUCCCCCUGCCAGAGUCCAUCCUCAAGUCUGCCAAGGAUGGCAUCAUGGACUCCUGUGCCCCGUGGCUACUGGGGAUGCACAAAAAGUCACUGGAGGCAGCAGCCGAGUCGGGGAGGAAGCCAGAGGUGGAACGCCAGGCCCUGCCCAAGCUUGACAAGAUGGAGCAGGAAGAGCGGGGCCCCGACGCCCAGGCAGCCAUCUCCCAGGAGGAACUAAGGGAGAACAGCAUCGCAGCGCUCCGAGCCAAAGCUCAGGAGCACAGCACCAAAGUGCUGGGGACUGUGUCUGGGCCAGACAGCCUGGCCCGGAAUGCAGAGGAGGCAGAGGAGGAAGAGGCCGUGGAAGAAGACAGGCCGGCCGAGAAGCUGAGUCCAUCACAACUUGAGGACAUGGCUUAGGUCAAGGGGCGCUCAGGCACCCAAGACUGUGUUCCUCUUGGCCCCUGUGGUGCGGGGAGGUUCUCUGCCACCCUCACCUGCCCCACAGGCCCUCGAUUACCCCCAUUGACUCCAGGCACAGGUCAUUUCUGGCCUCAGCUUUGGACCCUGCUGAGACCUCCUGAUGUAGUCCUGACUCUCCAGCACCCUCCUCAUCCCAACAUCCCUGCCUCAGAAGCCCACUUGCUGCCCCGGCCAUCCCCUCAAGCCCCUUUCUCUCAAUCUCUUGGCAACUCUUGCUGUCCAAAUCCACCCCUUGCUCUGUUCUCUGGCUCUGAAGGGCCCCCUUCCCAGCUCCGCACCUCUUUGGAUUCUGCUCGGCACAUGCCUAAAGUCCAUCGCUGCCAACGCAUAGCCUGCCAGACAGCCGUGACAUGGAUUGAGUAUCUGCAUUUCAGCUCCAAUGUCCUGAGCACCCCAAUCCUCAUCAAAUCUUCCCUCAGCCUGUUCCUUCUGGGGGACCUGGGCCUGGGUUUCUGCUGCGUAGAAAAUAUACUGCCCCGCAGGCCCACGCACACUACCUCUACGUCCUCCAUCUCUCCCUCCAAUGCUACCCACCUUCCAGACUGAACUUGGGAAGUCUCAGCCUGAGCCUUUGAGCCACCCUCAGGAACCCGCCUUCUCCAUGCCCAACCUGCCCCAUGGGUUCCUCCUCAUCACAGGUGCCAACAGCACAUGUGCCCAUGUAUAAGACCUUUACUGGGUCCAGGUCCUAUGCCCUGCAGGGAGGAGGCCCGUCUCAUAAAUAUUGUGGCUCACUGCAUUAUUGGGGAGCCCAGGUCCCCUACCAGAGUCCUUGGAUCCUGUACCUGUAUUUCUGAAGCAUUCCAACUUUCCCCAUAUACUGCCAUGACCUUGACCUGCUGUGCAAAGCAUCCUUUGCCUAGGGCUUCUAGCAAACUACUCCAAGCAUUGCCUGCUUGGAGAAAAGCAGUGAAGCUAGGAAACCACAGAUCUGGCCUCAACUUGACCCAGGCCAUCCCUAAGCCUGGAAUGGCACUGAGCCAUAAAUAUGCAUCAUGGAUGGGUCGCAAGAAAGGAAGGGGAAAAGGUUCAAAGGAAAGCAAAACAGGAGCCAGUGUUAAGCCAGAUAAAGCUGCAAGCCCUCAUACCAUGCCAGGUGUAUGCUGGGAAGUAUGUCAACUAGAAUAAGACAGACCCAGGAGCCAUGUUGAAAUAAGGGACUAGGGCUCCCUUCUGCUGAGGAGUAGGCCUAUCAGUACCUAUGGCCUCUCUGCAGCUGCUCCUUCCACUCUGCCCUUUCACUUUUGCAUGAGCAAUGGGAACACAGCUCGGUGGAGCCCACUGGACCAUACUCCCAGGCCAGGCAUGAGCCCUCUCACCCCAUGACAUUUUUUUUCUACUUCCCCACCCAUCAUGGCGGGGGAUACUUGCAAGAGAAAGGCCUGAGACACUGAGUUGCAAUUUUAAUUCUCUAUCGAAAGUUGAUUUCUUCAUCCCAUUUAUGGAAACACCCUUCCCCA